UUCGGCAACUCUGUGAAAGUGCAGUGAUGUGGCCUGUGCUCACAUAGAGGUCUGUUACCCUGCAGUGAGCAUUUGUAGAUGAUGGGGAGUGUUCAGCUUUCAUAUUUCCGACUUUUAAAUCUUUUUAUAGCUGCUUUAUUGGAAUGCGGAGCUCAAAGACCCUGUGAACAGCCUCAUCAGUUGAACAUAAGCCGUGUUCAGCGUGACAGCAUGUCCAUUUCUUGUUUAACCACAACCCACCUGCUGGAAACUCUAACAGUGAAACUACGCAAGAAUAACCCAGUUAAAGACAUCUUGAUCUCUCCAGCAUCAGAGCACCAGAAAUGGUCUGUGAGUAAACAUGCUGGUAAUAUUAGACUUAAUCUGAAAGACAUCCAACAAACAGAUGAAGGCCUUUAUGACUGUGAGGUCUACAAAGAUCAAGACUGCCUCAACGCAACUCGAUUUACCCUGACAGUCAAAGACUGUACAAAAAUGAAGUCUGUCACUGCAGUAUCAGGCUCUGCAGUGCUGCUGCCAUGCUCUGAACAUCCUCAACGAAACACAACUGAUAAAGUCACUUGGAAAGUCAUUGAAGGUCACCGGUCAACAGAUAUAACACAAUAUCGCUCAUCAUCCACAACCUCAAACAGCACAGAGAAACUCUCGAACCCUCUGUUUGAGAGAGCGAAACAACUAGAGAAUGGUUCUCUGGUUAUUAGAGAUUCAGUAAAGGCUGAUGAUCUGUGGUAUCGAUGCAGAGUGAAUGACACAACCUGCUAUGAAGUGAAGCUGGUAAUCAAAGUUCCAGGUCUUGUUACAGCUAAAUCCACAACACUGUUUACCACAGUCACUCCUAAAAUUCCUGCUGGCCAUAGCAGGGGCAACACUGACACAACAGCAAACAAUCUGACAGCAGUAGUGAUGUCCACAGUGGUGUCUCUGCUUACCAUCAUAUCACUGAUCAUCUGUGUCAUUGUUUAUUUCAAAAAACGAAAGCACAUAAACAACAGCCACACAGAGCUCAACCGCCCGUUAUCUGUAUAUUAUUCAUAUGUUGCAGAAGGGUAUGAUGUCCCGUUGUAUUCUUUAGUUGAACAGACCUCAGCAUCCAUGUCGACCUUUGACACCAGACCAUCGGAAGCCCUUGCAUAUGAACCAUAUGCCAAAUGUGAAGAUUAUCAAUUCAGAAAUGAAUAAUGGUUGUUUUAAUGUUUCUGACAUUAACAUCUCCGAGUAUGUCCCAAUUUAGCAAUUAUAAGGCAUCUUCUAUCAAAAGGGAAAAUUUAUUAUAAGCAUAUAACUCUUGGUAAUGCUGUUAUGAUUUCAUUCUUUUUAAUGCCGUAAUGUAAAACUAAUAAUAUGUUGUCAUAAGUUCUUUCAAGCCAAACUUAAAAUAGUAAAAAUAGUGAUUUUUAUUAUACCAGUCAUGCAGUGAUUUGUUUUGUGAGAGACAGUCAUAGCAUGACACAGACUGAUGAUCUGAUAACUGAGAUCUGAUGUAAGAACUAAACAGUUGGAAACAGAAGUUUUAGAUUCAUGUAGCACCUGGUUUAGCAAAGUUAAAAGCAUUAAAUGUGAAAGGAAAUACACAAUAGGCGGGGGUUGGGCUUCCAGAAAAGCUUAUUGUGGUUUUUAAGUUAUCCAUCAGUGUCAUGUUUGCAUUGCUUAUUUAUCUAAUUCUUAACCUGUUGAUAUUAUUAUCAUCAUUCAAGUGAAACCAUCUUUUGGUGCACUGCUAGAACCACCUUUAUAUGACAUACAAAAGCAGACUAUUAACCGCUGAGCCUUUUAUGUCUUUUAUAAAGAGGAGUCAAAAUCCACACCCUUGACACAUACUGCGUAUAGUAUCACUGAUCCAUCCCAAUCUGUGGAAAAAUAUUGCUUAAUAUCAACUGUCAUAAGGCAUGUACAAAUUGUUGAAACUAUUUUUAAAAUCAAGGGUAGGGUUUCUCAGAGUAAUGCCAAAGGCUAUUUUUCAUGAAAGACUGAUUAUUUCUACUAAGUAUAAUUUACCAAAUAACCAAUUUACAUUUAAAUACAAUUUAAAGCCAUGGACAGAAGACCUUAGAGCAGGGGUGCCCAAACUUUUUCUUAUGAAGGGCCAAAAUCCAAGCUUGAUUGAGAGCUGUCGGCCAAAAGUAUAGCAACUGUAUUACAUUUGUAUUACAUUAAAGUUGCCAUGUGUAAUUUCCUGAUGUAUAUUAUAAUAUUUAUAAAUAAAUAGAAACAAUUACUUCAACCGUAUUUACUGAUGCAUUAUAUAUUUUUUUGAAACUGUAUAUUAUUUUAGCAAACUUAUUACAAUAAAACCAAAAAAAAAAUCUAUAUAUAAAACAAUAGAGUUCAAUGUGGAAUACACUAGUCAUGCUGAAUUUGCCUUUGCCUUGAUUUGCACGUGGAUGUUUUCUACUUUUUCUCUCAUUUAAAUUAUGUAACUUUUGAAAAAAAUCUGAUUCAUUUACAACAUGUAAUUGAAACAUUUCAUUUCAGUUAGUGUUUUUGUAGCUCAAAAGUAAAACAAAUAAACAAAAGGUUACAUUAAAAUAGAAAUGAGAAUUUCUGUUAAAGUCAUUAGUCAACCUUUCCCAAUCAUUUUCCCUCUGGCGGGCCUAAUCAAAUGAUACUAUAUAUUAUAAAGGGCCAACUUUGACCCGCAGGCCCUAGUUUGAGCAUCUCUUUCUUGGAGGCAUUACGGGCACAAUUGAAACUGCUAUAAACAAACUUUGUUGCCUUUUUCUGUUACAAUUAUAUUGCACUAAGUGUUUUGGGGGGAUUAUCAAGCUUUUUUUUAUGUUUAAUUUAACAGUAUUAAAAUGCUUGGGCUUAAGGAUUUGAAACUAAGAUCCUUUUUAUUAUUUAAUGGUGAUAUUUCUAUAAAUAACUACUAUUUUAUUUAUAAAUUGUUUAUAAAUCUAGCAGUGAUCACAUUUAAAAGUCAUUUUCUAAAGCCAGAAGAGUUAAUACUUGAAAGUAUGACAACAUUUUAUUGAUUUAUAGAAGAUUUCAUUGCGGUUAAAGGAGCAAACUUGAUAACAUGGGUGUGAUGCCUUUAUAUGUACACAUUCGUUUUUGUGGAAUGACGUUUGUAUUUGUUUGUUUUUUUCGCCACUAAUGUUUUGUAAUAUGUGUACUAACAAAGUAAAAACAAAGAGAAACUCUA